AUGGACCCCCCUGCCUACGCCCGCGCGCCGACGCACCCUGCGCAAACCUACUCGAGCUCCCAGAAUGAGGGCAGCGAGUACGGAGGGGACGCGAAGACGGAAAGCGCUAACGGCACAGCUGCCCCCGAUGAUGCUGGCGCCGCCGGCCAGACCCCGAAGGGGAGAGUCCUAGUCCCGGCGACACCGCCCUCAGUUGACUCGCCGACCAAGCAAGGCCACCAGCCUGCGUCGCCGAUCAACCCGCUCAUGUACACGACGCCGCCACCGGGUGCGCGAGCGCACGGCCAGUUCCGCUUCCCUGUCGGACAGCUCGCGGCGAACGAGGGCGAGCAAGGCGCACCCCCGAACCCGUCCCAAGACACUGCCCCGUCGUGGCUGUCGCAGAUAAUGGCAGAGGGCGCUGCCCCCUCCCCGACGCCGACCAUCCGUAUGAGCGAGCAGAACUCGGCUAUCAUGCCGUACGCGGUUGAGGGAGCGCACCCCCCGGAGCCCGCGAGCGAACCUGUGCCUGCGGAAACGGCCACAUCGCGACGGAACAAAAGACAGCGCGUCUCCCCUGACUUGCCGGACGACUCUCCGUGUGCUGGCCAGUCAGCCAUGACGGCCCCGGCGCGGCUCAAGAACCGAGGAGCGAAGACAGAGCAGUACUUCCUCCGCACGGUGCUGCCGCCGCGCUACGACAUAACCCCGCACUUAUCCGACAAAGCGCUCCUCAAACUUGCCCGCUACGUCCGCGCGCUGGACGCUGCAGAGCGCGAGGCGGCCGCUGCCGCCACGCAGCCCCAAGCGACGGACGCGCCGCAGAUGACCACGCAGAGCGACUACGGGCUGGCCUACACCGCCGGAACGAACGCGCAGCAGCCGCCCCCGGGACAGUACCUGAACGACGCCGCCCGGGCGGCCCUGCCUGGUGAACGCGGUGUGCACUGCCCCUCUGGACAGAACGCGCUGGCGGCGCCCGCCCUCCCGCACGCCAACGCGGCGAUGGAGGUCGACCCCCUGCCCCCGGCCACAGCACCGCAGCCGACGAUGGGGUAUUGGACCAACGGACCCCCUGCGGCGCUCCUGCUGGAGUACGAACCUGAGCAGACGACUCGGCGAGGGAGGAGGCCGCCGCCGAUGGCGUCCUUCAUCACAGGCGACGAGCGCGCAGAGGACCUCCGCGUCUCGACGAUGCUUUUCGUCACGCCCUCCCCCAAGCCGAAUGGCUUCCCCCUUCAGCACCUGUGCAACCCCUUCGACCUACGAAACCGACUCAACCCGGACGAUAUCGCCAUCUGGGACAACGAGCCGGUUGGCACCAAGUUCGUCAUCCAGCCCUUCGCGCAGCCACCACUGGACACCCCGGAGAAGGUCCAGGCCCAGGGGCGCAAGCUCCGCGGCGCCCUAUCCCGCAUCGUCCUCGAGAACGACUUUUACCUCUUCGAGCCGCGUGAAGAGACGCUCCAAGCUGAGGGAUACCGCGCGGGUGCGUGGCUGACGACCGGGUGGUCCACCGACGCUGUCCGUGUACUCGCCACGGGCGGCGGAGGUGUGUGGUCGACCGAAGUGGGCUCGCUGCAAGUCACGGAAACCAUCGUCAAAGUCCUGGACUUCCUCCUUGCGUACGAGGAUUUCGAUAACGUCGCCCAGAGCCCGGUCAGCAAGGAGGAGAUCGAAGCCUGCCUGCGCCAGCCGCGCAUCAAGCAGACGAUCUGCGACCUCCUGAGGGACCUCCAGAGCCCCCUCACGGAGGACGAGACUAAGGCGUACGUCGAGAUCGUCAUGAACAACUUCAAAGUUGCCAUCGUCGACUUUGGCCCCAAGACCCCGGGUAAGCCUGGCAAGACGGUCGCGAACGUCUACUGCUCCCCGCCGACCACCGACCCCAUCCUGUGGCAGAAGUGGCGCGCCGCGAUCUCGAACGUCCCGCUCGUCACACGCAACCACGGGACCCCCAAGGUCCGCCGCGAGACGCGCUGCACGGGAUGCUACGGCGCCGACCACCCCCCGCACAAGUGCCCCUUCAUGGCCGUUGAGCAGUGGUGCCACCGUGAGCCGCUGCCGAACGACGAGACUCCUGCGAUCCCCGCCCCGACCCCCGCCCCGACGCAGCCCCGCGCUGGAGCCCCGCCGCCCCGCGACGAUGCCAUGCGCGCGCCCCAGCCUGAGCAGCCGGCCGCCUCGACGGCGGGCACUUCGCGCCGCGCCGCACAGGACGGUGCUGAGAGCCGCGACGGAGAGCGCCGAGGAGACAGCACGCACGCGACGCGCCGCGACCAGUACCGCGAGCAAGACCGUGCCCCGACGUACCAACCGCAUGCGCAGUACAACGCGCAGGCGCACCCGGGCAACAACGGCCACUACGCGUACGGACCGCAGAGCCACAUCCCGUACCCCUACCCCGUCCCGCCCCCCUACUUCCAGCCGCACUACCUCGCCCCCCCGCCGGGAUACGGCUACGCGCCGCACGGCGACGCGUACGCGGACCAGCAGGGGUAUGCGGGACGCGGCCGUGGUGGUGGUGGUGGAGGAAGGGGCCGGAGGGGAGGCCCGCCCGGGGCGCCGCGAGGCCAGAACGGCUCCUGA